AUACCUGAAAAUAUCUGAGCUUUUACAAUAUAAUAUAUUGUCAGUGUGCUCCAUGACAAUCAAUGACCUGCUAAAGAGUUCAGUUUAGAGUUUUUAUUGUGAAGGACCCCAGUUCUUCACACAAUCACUUUCUUGAAGGUUGACUAUAUCAUGACUGGAGGCUGGUGAGCAACAGGGCAAAGGGAGGAGAGUGCAUUUAGCAUCAGGUGAUUCAACACCAGCAUUGAUUAGGAAAGGCAACAAUAGGAGGGAGGGAGAAAACUUUCACGGGCAAAUACUUCCUGGAGGUGACUAUAUAAGAGAGAGAGAGAGAAGGAGAGAGAGAUAAAUAUCAGUAUCGACUGGAAGUUGCCCUGGAUAAGGGCGUCUGCUAGAAAUAAAUAAUAAUAAUCGUCAUUCUCAAGGGGAAAGACUCCCUCAACACUACGGUGACAGUACAGAAUUAAAGAAAGGAAGGAAGAAACAGAAAGAAAAGAAGAAAAAGGAUAAUUUGCUGCAAAACAUAAUAAGAAAGGAGGAGAGAAAGAAAAAUAUUGAAGGAGAGAAAGACAGAAGGAAAUAAAAAACGAAGGAGGGAAAAUGGCAGUGGGUUAUGUGAGGAUGGCUCUGGCUGUGUUGUUGCAGCUCUCCGUUUGGCUCCCGGUCUCUCUGCAGUGCUCUGUCUCAGCGAAUCAGACAGUAGAGGUGACUCGGCUCCUCAAUAUAAUGGUCCAAUCAGAGAAGAGCAGUGCUGCCAAUGGCUCCACCCCCAAUCCCAGCAUCCUCCUGGCUCUGCGUCUGGCCAGCUAUCAUGACAGGGACACAGAGAGAUGCAUGCUGGGCAGACUGCAGGCUGAUGCAGUGAAGAGAGUCGAAAAAGGCCUCACAUUCUCUUCCGGCACCGUGGCUCUCUACUGUCUGGCUAUGCAGGGCUGCUGUGCUGACCCGUCUCUAACUCCAGCCCCAGGACUUAAAGGGGGGAAGAAAGCCCUGGACCUGAGAAAACUGCUGGAAAGAAAACUGAAGGAAGAGAUUGAGAAUAUCGAUUCCAAACACGUCCCCCUCACAAGCUAUUAUCAGGUGGGCCUUGACAUACUGGCGCUGUGCAUGAUGGGAAGACCAGUGACAUCACACACCGUGCAGCGUCUGAUUGAAGCUUCGGAUAAUGGAGGAUUUUCACACGGAGAGAUAUAUUCAGUGGACACAGCCUCGGUUGCAGUUCUAGCCCUGACCUGCGUGAGGCGCUCUAUCAACCCGCCUAAUCCUGUGGUUCUGCGUCUCAAGAUCCAGAAUGCUCUUAAACGUCUGAUCAAGAACAUUCUCCAGGAGACAACGAGUGAUGGAUUGAUCGGGAACCUCUACAGCACAGGACUGGCCAUGCAGGCCCUGUCAGUCGCCUCCACCUACAACUGUUCCAGAACGUUCCAGACUGUUCUAGAGCGGGCUGGUUCCGGAUCCUUCGACAACCCCAUGGCUGCUUCUCAGAUCACCCCCUCACUGGAGAACAGAAACUACCUGGGGCUGAAUAAGCUAGACUGCAAGGAGUUUAAAAAGAACCCUGCUGAUUCGCCGCUGCCUCUAGUGCCUCUAGCACCCCCCGCUGCCCAGCAGGGUGUACUGACCGUACACUACACAGUGGAGGACGGCCUUCGCUACACCUUCAAUGACCUCAUCGAUGUGACGGUCCCCACGGGGUCCUCGCUGCUGCGGGUCAUGGAGGAGGCGGCCAAGAUAUCGCCUGCAAAAUUCAGGUUCACUGUGGAGCAAAGCAGUUGGGGUCCAUUUGUCACCAGUAUCCAAGGUUUAGCUGGGAACACGGAGGAGCGAACAUACUGGCAAUUUCUUACUGGGAAUACCACUUUGGCUCAAGGAGUUACUGACUAUAAGCCUCAUGAUGGAGAAUACAUCGUGGCAAAAUUCUCUAAAUAUUAAUUCACAUGUAUUGUCAUGUAUUGGUGGAGGUUGUGUUUAAUUAUCACUUAUUUUAAUCCCAUUAUAAUUCUAUGAUUCAAUUUCCUAAUGCAAUAAUCAAUAAUAUAGUCCCUUAUAAAAGCAUCCCACAGUAAAAGCACAGGAAAGUGUAAUAAAGCACAGAG